GCACUGCUCAGAUCUCUUCCACGAGCUACUGCGAGCCAGAGAGGCGCCUGCAGAGCCGCUCUCCCACAGUACCCACCAUGUCCCAGGCUGGCGCUCAGGAAGCCCCCAUCAAGAAGAAGCGCCCCCCUGUGAAGGAAGAGGACCUGAAGGGGGCCCGAGGGAACCUGGCCAAGAACCAGGAGAUCAAGUCCAAGACUUACCAGGUUAUGCGGGAGUGUGAGCAAGCAGGCUCGGCCGCCCCGUCGGUGUUCAGCCGCGCCCGGACUGGCACUGAGACCGUCUUUGAGAAGCCCAAAGCUGGGCCCGCCAAGAGUGUCUUUGGCUGAGAAGCACACACCACUCCCCUCGCCACCGCCAACACCUAGACGCAGGAGCCUUUCUCAAGAACUUUUUUUAUGCCAGAACCCACCUUCUCACCUGCCACCUCUGGGACUGCCACCCCUUUCCUACAGCCCUGGCCCCUCAGCCCCAGGGAUUCCGCACCAGCACCUGGGAAACACCAAUAAAGAGGAUGCCCACGUGGCCCCAGCA